AUGUCAAAUGCUCUUUUUUUUCUCUUUCCCUUUCAGCCCAGCAUGAAGGCGGACGGCAAGCCGGCGGAAGAGACCCUCGAAGCCGACCCCAAUCACAAGGUCCCCGCGGAGGAUGCUCUACCGGUGAGCCUUGCACUCACUCUCUCUCUCGCUCCCUUUCUCGCUCCCUCGUGUGCCCCUCUAUCCCCUCUCAGAUCGGCCACCUCUGAUCUCACCUCCUCUUCCUGUUGCAGGUACAAAACGGGCACGUUGAAGUAG